AUGGCCAUCUUAGAGGCAAAACCUGAUUCUGAUGAUCUCACAGAAUUGCCUGAGUACGAAAUCGAUGAAUUUGACGAAGGAGGAAUUCGGAAAACGAAUGGGAAAAAGAUAAAAUCCAUCAAAUCGGAAGAACAUUACGAUCAAGAUUCUGCCAAGACCGGCAGAUUUCAUAAUAUUAUCAGAGGAAUUUGGGCUACACGGCAAACGGAGAAUGUGAAAAAUCGACGCGUUUUCAUCAAAACCACACUUCGCGAGUUGGCGCUCUACUUGAUAUUCCUUUUGCUUCUCCUACUGAUUGCACUAUUGACGGUCAACAGUAUGACGUUCUUUUACUUUGACAGUGUAUUCCAGUCAUUUGUUGGGCCAUAUCAGGACCCGACUGACGGUUCAUCCAUGGAUUUCAACUCGAUCAGUGAUGUAGAUUCUGUUUGGAAGCUCCGGCGUGCUGCAAUGUGUUUUUGCUCAGAGGAACAGAGUUUGCACACAACUUUGCAGGUGUUCCCAUGGGUGGUUACUGUCGAACUUAAAGACAUCUUCUCACAUGGUCAGUUUAUGAGCGGCCUCUAUUGGAAUACUUGGUACAACGAACGAAAUGUCUCUUUCAGUGAGAAGGAAUUCAUCGGAUUUGAUAAUAAGUUACUCGGGGUGCCGCGGCUUCGUCAACUCCGAGUCAGUCCCUCGUACUGCACAGUUCCCCCCAAGAUGACCCAAAUAACCAAGGCAUGCUAUCCGGAUUACUGGACCGGGGCACGUAGCACCGAUCCAAUUCAACCACAAAAUGGUCUGAUCCCCGUGUUCACUCAAGACGCGUGA